AUGUUUUUCUCAAAGAAACCCCUCCUCGACGAUGAGGACUCAAUCGAUACCGAGACCUCAAACCAACCAGCACCAGGUCGCGGGGCACCUCUCCCCCGCCCACCACCACUCUCCCUCCCAGUGCUCAACGAGCUCCGCAGCAAGCGAGUAAUCCUAGCCUCUCAAUCACCACGUCGCAAACAAAUCAUCUCAUUCCUCGGACUUCCCAAUAUCGAAAUCAUCCCCUCAAAUGCCGACGAGGAUCUUCCUAAAUCCCUUGGUCCAUUCGAAUAUGUGCUUGGUACAGCAACCAAGAAAGCGCAGGCGGUGUAUACACAAGAAAUCGAUAACGAAGCACAAGGCGAACCAGCCCUAAUCCUAGCGGCUGAUACUAUUGUCGUUGAUCCAACCACUGAAACCAUCCUUGAGAAACCCCGCUCAGAGGCUCACCAUUUCUCUAUGCUUAAGGCCCUGCGCGAUGCACGCGAUCAUAAGGUUUACACGGCGCUUGUAGCUAUGGCUCCCCUUGCUAGUGCUAGACAACCGGGCUAUGCUAUGGAGACUGUUGUUGAGGAAACACAGGUGCGCUUCGAUCCCGAGGUUACGGAUGAGUUGUUAAUGGCUUAUGUUCGUACUCGUGAGGGCGCGGAUAAGGCUGGUGGGUAUGGUUUACAAGGCUUGGGAUCUAUUCUCGUGGAGAAGAUUGAUGGGAGUUAUGAUAAUGUUGUUGGAUUGCCGCUUAAGGCGACGUUGAAGCUUAUUCAGGCGGUUAUGAAGAAGGCUGAUGAUGAGGAGCGCUUGGAGGGCGAUCCGAUUUUAGAGGCUUUAGAGGCGGCGGAGGCGGAGGAUGAGUUCGAGUGA